CUUUUGUGUCUCCUGACAAAUAUGCCAUUUUUUUGUGGGUUUGGUGUACACAGGUGCGUUUAAUUAAUCCAGUGGGGAAUAUUGCGGGACACUGCCAUAGCGGCCAUUCCUCACGCAUUCUUUUUUUGGGAGGGGGUAACGGCACCAUGGAUAAAGUCGGUGAUGCUUCGGGCUCUCCAAAUUGUCUAUUACGUUUUCUGCGGAUAGAGUGCAGUGCAGAAUAUUCAUAUUAUUUGUAUUUUUUUCCAGCAUUAUUUACUUCAGAGUCCGUCAUUAUUUAGCCACGUUCAGAAAAAGUGGGCUAUUUGACCUAUGGUAUAUGGGACCGCAGGUAAUAUGGGACGCUUCCUCCGGUGUAAACGUUCACCGGCACGAAACAACGCCCUCAAUAGUUAUACAGACUAGCCAUUACUUCCGUCAUGGAGCGGUUGUAGGUUUUAGUGAAUCUCACGGAAAAAAGUUCAUUAAAACUUGACAAGGUGAGCUAGACUUGGAUUGGCCUAUAAAGAGGGACUGCUUGAAGUUAUGGCCUCCAGAUUUUUAAAAACUGCUUGCUGUGCCGAUAUGGAUGGACUGCUACCAGCUGAGGUCAGAUCGGGAUGGCAAGCUGUGCUUUCCUUACACGUGACGUGGUUGGUUUGGACUGGACUCACUAAGGGACUUGGGGUGAUGCUACCCGCCCUGCAAAAAGAUUUUGAAUCGAGCACCUGGCUGGUGGGCUGGACGAUCGCCAUCAUCAACGGAAUCACUGACUUUGCAGGACCUCUAGCGGGGCCGCUGGAAGUGUUACUGGGAACACGACUGGUUGUCAUGGUGAGCGGUGUCCUGAUUGGUGGUUCUCUGAUCGCGUCUUCAUUAGCGACGUCCGUUACGCAACUUGCCCUGUCUCUGACUUUGCUCUCGGGUUGUGGUAUUGGUUUUGCCAAUAUCCUGACCAGGGCGAUGGUGGGCCGUUUCUUCACCACACACUACACACUCGCCAACGGCAUUGGCCACGCAGGUCAUUCAGUGGCUCUCAUUGUCUUUGCACCUCUGACGCAACUCUUUCUCGACACCUACGGAUGGAGGGGAGCCAUGCUGCUCCUUGGCGCGAUCUGUACGCAUCUCGUCCCUUGCGGAGCUCUCUUGAAGAAGGGGUUGACCACGCCCAAUCACGAAAGCAGGCAAAGGGACUACACCCUGCUUGCCGAUGAUCCAUCAACAGAGGAUUCCGAGGAACGUACGGUGCGGGGAAACAAAUGCUGCCUCCCGGAACUUCGCGGUGUCUGCUGCACCUGGGCGUUCGGGCUGGAGGUCUUUCGAAAGACGUCCUUUUACGUGACGGCGGUACUGUACAUGUCCAACCGCCUGGUGAACGACUUGUGGGUCAUCUACUUUGUGGAUCACGUCUACGCCAAGGGUCUCUCCGGGCAAGACGCCGUGACUUUCACUGCGGCGGCCGGUGUCUCGAAUCUCAUCUUCAAGAUAGGUCACGGACCCCUGGUGGACCGGGGUUGGGUGAGCUUGAGGGCAAUGUUGGCCGUAACCACAGCCGUGGCGGCUGUCUGCCUCUUCACUGACCCCUGGCUGGAUUCCUAUUGGACGGUAAUGGCCAAUGCCGUCUGUUUCAUGGGCGCGUCUGGCACGAUUGGCGCGCUUCUGGACGUGUACACCAAGGAUUUGCUUGGCGCUGAUAAUCUGGUCAGUGCUUUUAGUUGGAUGGGAGUCUUGAGUGGAGUUGUCACAAUCAGCUUUGGUUUCCUGCCAGGCUGGAUAUACGAUGUGAGCGACAGCUACAACGGUGCUUUUAUCCUGAUGGGGUGUAUAUGGUGCGUGUCGCUCCUGGCUAUGGCGACUGAAGUAGUGAUGACUCGGCUCGGAUGGAUCACGCAGCAGUCUGUUGGCAAGGGAUGAGCUUGUGUGGUUGUGAUAGAAGCCGAGAUGUGCAUCCGCCCCAAGCGGGACCAAUAGAGGGCACAGUUUUCCUAGCAACAGAGGCUCCCCUGACGGGAACUGCGCUUCACUGGUUCACUUUAAAUUACAUACAUGUACAUCGGCGAGACACAAAUAAACCAUUUCCCAAAGUGAGAAGUAACUGGAAAGUUUUGGUGCGUCAUGGAUAGAGGAAUAUUUUGCAAACAGGUCAUAAGGAAUGAUGAGUUCCCACGGAACCUGAAACUUGGGUAGCAACAUAGUCUAGGCUUGACUACAAUGGACAGCAACAUUAUUUUGAUUGGUGCAGGGUGGGGGAAAAAAGGCAUUGUGUGUUUUUGCUCAAACUCACAUGUAUAUACAUGUCCGUGUACUCUCACACAGGUUAGCCAAGCUACAACAGAUGCGUGCAAAUUUUAUAGAAUCUUAUCAAUGGGUGAAAGGGAUCACUUCAUUUCUUUUAAAGUGCAAAUAUUGGAAAAGACCUGCUAAAUAUUUGAUACUUGUGUCUUACUGUACCUAUAGCUGUUUCCAACUGUAUUCUCAUAUUGGCUACUUUUCCCAUUUUUUACCGUCAACUUGGACGUCAACCUGCUUCUGAUUUUAAUAAAUGCUGGUAAAAAGUAAUACAA